UUGGGGUCGUGGCGCCGGGAGGGGCCCAGCUGCCCCGAGUGCGUGGCAGCCUCUCCCGGGAGGCGGGGUCGGCGCCGUGGCGGCGGAGGCUGGGCCCCCGCUCCCUCCUCUCUCGCCGGCCGCCCGCCCGCCUGCGCUCUCUCCCUCUCGCUCUAUCUCUCUCCCUCUCUUUCGGCCGCUCAGACGCAGGCAGCGCCCGCGCGUCGCUCGCCAGCCCCCCCGGGGACCCGCGCAAGUUUCCCGGGCCGCCCCCCGCCAUGCCCUCGGCCAAACAAAGGGGCUCCAAGGGCGGCCACGGCGCCGGCCCCGCCGACAAGGGCGCCCACCCGCCGGGCGGCGACGACGCGGCCAAGAAGCCGCCGCCCGCGCAGCCGCAGCCCUCGCCGCAGCCGCAGCCCCCGCAGCCCCCGCAGGGCCCCGCGCACGGCCGGGGCGGCCACCGCGCCGCCAAGUCCUCGGGCCCUGCCGCCGCCGCCGCGUCCUCGGCGUCCUGCUCGCGCAGGCUCGGCCGGGCGCUCGGCUCGCUCUUCUACCUCGCCCUGGUGGCGGCCGCCGCCGUGUCGGGCUGGUGCGUCCACCACGUCCUGCAGGAGGUGCAGCAGGUCCGGCGCGGCCACCAGGACCUGUCCCGCCACCGGGAGGAGCUCGGCCAGGGCUUGCAGGGCGUCGAGCAGAAGGUACAGUCCCUGCAGGCCACCCUUGGGGCUUUCGAGUCUGUCCUGAGGAGCUCACAACACAAGCAAGACGCCACGGACAAAGCUGUGAAGCGAGGCGAGGGCGAGAUUGGCCGUAUCAGCGAGGUCCUGCAGAGACUGCAGAACGAGAUCCUUAAAGAUCUCUCAGACGGGAUCCACGUGGUGAAGGACGCCCGAGACCGUGACUUCACAUCCCUGGAGAACACGGUGGAGGAGCGGUUGACGGAGCUCACCAAGUCCAUCAACGACAACAUCGCCCUCUUCACCGAGGUCCAGAAGAGGAGCCAGAAGGAGAUCGACGACGUCAAGGCCAAGCUGGCCUCACUGGAGGACACUGAGGGUCAUCAGAAGGAGCUGAAGGCCUUGCGGGAGGCCGUGAGGGAGGUCCAGAGCUCUGUCAAGUCCCGGGAGAAGGACCUGGAGGCCUUGAGAAGCAGCCUGCAGACCAUGGAGUCUGAUGUCUACACUGAGGUCAAAGAGCUGGUGAGUCUAAAGCAGGAGCAGCAGAAGUUCAGGGAGGCGGCUGACGAGGAGCGUCUCAGCCUGCAGGCCCUCAGGGAGACUGUGCUGCGGGCUGAGGAGGCCACAGCUGGCCUCCCCGAGGAGCUCAGGCGGCUGGAGGAAGACCUGGCCCAGCUGCGGGCCCAGUCCCUUAGGCUGGAGGGAGAUGGUGAGGGCGUCAUGGUGCAGGACUCCCAGGCCCUCGAGGCACUGGAGAGGAAGAGUCAGGGGCUGGACGCCAGGCUCCAGCAUGUGGAAGACGGAGUCCACACCGUGCGGGCGGCCUCCGCACAGCAGACCGAGAGCCUGGAGAUCCUCCUGUCCAGGAGCGAGGAGCAGGAGAGGCGCCUGGCAGCCCUGCAGGAGCGCCUACAAGGCCUGGGCUCCCCGGACGCCAGCCAGGCCGACCUGGCCAGCACAGUGAGGAGCUUGGGGGAGGCCCAGCUCUCGCUCUACGGCGAUGUGGAGGAGCUGAAGAGGAGUGUGGGCGAGCUCCCCAGCACCGUGGAUGCACUUCAGAAGGUCCAGGAGCAGGUCCACACACUGCUGAGGGGUCAAGACCAGGUCCCCCUGGUGCCCCCGGACCUCCUGGACAGACUUUCUUCCCUAGACAACCUCAAAGCCUCAUUCAGCCAGAUGGAAUCGGACUUGAAAAUGUUCAGGAGCGCCGUGGACAAUUUGGUGGCCUACUCAGUGAGAAUUGAGAUGAACAAGGACAACCUGGAAUCAGUCAGGAGCUCGCUGGACAAGCUGCAGAAAGAACUGGAGUGGUUGGCUGUGAAAGUUGAGAAGAUUUAUGAGAAAGUCUAAGUGGGCAGCCUGGAUACAGGCAGGGCUCUCAAGUUCAGUUUCUCAUGACCAAAAAAAUAUUUUCCCCCCUUCUUUCAUGUCCUCUCCUCCUCCCCUUCCUUCUCGGCCACUCGAAAAGAGUGGUGGAUGCCACCUUUCGUGCCAAGGCAGCUUUCAUAUCCUGUGCCCGGUUUAUCUAACUACUAGUCUUACCACACACUAUUGGUUUCUCAAGUUUUCUGCUAUUCCUUUUGGUCAUUUUCCUGAAGGGUCCAGCCCUGAUGAAUCAGAUGGAGAUGCACCUCAGAGGGAUAGCACUGGUGCCUGAUAAAAUAACAACAGCAGCUUCCACUGAGGAUUAGGAGCAGAUUAACCUAAAAAACAAACAAACAAAAAAACCUGCUGCCUUCCAGGCUGGCAGAUUUCAAGUUAAAAAACAAAAUAGUAGGGGUAGGGGAGAGGAGGCACUUUUCUUUCAAAUUAUCUUUAAGGAAAUUUACUUUUUUUUUUUUUUUUUUAAAUAUGUAUGCUUCCAGCCAAAAGUUUUCACAAGUUGUCACUCCCUGUCUUCCACUGGAAACCAGUUAAAGCUCACACAGGACAGUGUGUGGGUAGGGGAACAAACUCCUCGGGUAUUUUGUUUUGUUUGUUUUUUACAUCAGCUGCUCCACAGCUUCCUCCUGGGUGCAGAUGUCUUUGUUCAUUCCUGAGUCAGUCAUCUCAUGACCAUGUGACCAUGCAGAGACUCCUGAGGGUUCUGAAUGUGAAGACAUGACACCCCCCCCUCAACACACACAAGAACCCCCCUUCCUAUUUUACCUGGAAGGGUCCUCAAAUAAUGCACAAAUGUGACUCCCAAAAAGGAAAGGCCCUGUGAAUUCUUUCAGGAAGUGGAAUGUGAAAACUGCCCACAGAGGCAUGGUACACUCCACCCCAAACCCCCUUCCCAGGGAAUGGAGGUCAGAUCUUUUCUGUAUUAUCACAGUGUCCUUGAAGAGCAAAUCCAACCUGUCAGAAUCCCUCUGCCUUUCCCUGUUUCUAUCUAUCUCUCUCUCUCUCUCUCUCCCAUCUUUGAGCUGGACUGUUCUUGAAUGGCUAUCUUGCCCUGCCAAAAAAAAAAAAAAAAAAAAAAGGAAAAGGAAAGAAGUUUGUUUAGUUUACUGUGAAAUGAACUGUAUGGCUUAUUUACAGUAUUUUUAAUUCUUAAUAAACACUUGAGCUUUGUUAA